GUGAAGAUAGAGUGUGUGUAUAGAGAGAGAGAGAGCGAUCACAAGAGAGUGUGAAUUAAACACACACACACACACACUAGAUACAAAAUUCAGAGCAAACAACAUUCUUGGAGCAAGACCAAUUUCUACAAAAUUUCAAUGAAUUGUAACAACAACAAAUUCAAAGCUAUAUUGUAACUUUCUUGAGUUGCUACAAACCACAAAAAGAUUGAAGCUUGUUAAAUUAAACACUUCAAUAAUCACAAUUUCAAUUCUGGAAAAGCUUCAAAUAAGGUAAAGACUUGAAAUUUAUGUUUAAUUUUGAAGUUUAUUGUAAGUAUAAGUUUCUUCAAUUUGAUUUCAAAGUCUGCAAGAAAAGUUGAAUUUUGGAGGUGGCUAAUCUUAAAGAUUUAAUUUUUUUUUUAUAUCAAAGUUUGCAUUUUUAAGUUAUAGUUUGGAUAUUUGAAGAAUCUUGGAAGUGGGUUUAUGUUUAAUUUGAUGAUUUGUGAGUUUUUUGGAGUUCGAGGGAGAUCUUUUUUAAAAAUUAGGGUUUUGAUGUGAUCGAAAUUAGGGUUUGUGAAUUGGGGGUUUGGUAAAUUUGAAUAAUUUGGGAAUUGGGUUUUGGAGGGAGAGUUAGUUGGUGAUUUGAUUCUUUGAUCCGUACCCAAAAAAGGCCUAAAUUUGGGGGUUUCUUGAUCCGUUUGUGUGAACUGUUGUGGAAGAUGGAACUUGUAGAUGCAGGCGUGUACCCGAAUGUAGUUAACUUAAAUUUAGGAUUUUAAGAUUUUAUUAAUCGUUUUAUGGAAGUUUGGUGUUGAGAAAUGCAACCGCCGCAGAAGCAUUCAUGUGUUGAUCUCGGUGAACUGAAAAAUGAGAUAAUUAAGCAGAUUGGACUAGAGAAAUCCCAGCAGUAUUUCGAUUAUUUGAAAAGGUUUUUGAGCUUAAAACUGAGUAAGGUUGAGUUUGAUAAGCUUUGUUUAAGAACGGUUGGCAGAGAUAAUAUAUCGUUGCAUAAUCAGUUAAUUCGUUUGAUCUUAAAGAAUGCAUGUACUAGAAAAGUCCCACCAACAUCAGCUGAAAAUAAGAAGGUUUACCAUGAAAAUGGAUUGGUACCAGUUGUACAUAGUAAACAUCAGACUGAAUCUUUUGGUAGAAAAAGUGGGAAGGAAGCAUCUGCCAGGAGCUCACUACAUCCCCCACUCGGGAUUCCAGAUUGGCCGGUUGGUGGGUCCCGCAAGUCAUCAUCUUUAUCAAGUACUAGUAAAUGUGUAACUGAUGGCUUGAUAGAGACGGUAAGAUUGAAAGAACGUAUGGAUCAGCUUGCUGCCACACAAGGCCUUCAAGGGGUGUCAGCGGAGUGUGCCAGUAUGUUAAAUAAUGGAUUGGAUGCGUAUUUGAAGGGGUUAAUACGGUCUUUUAUUGAACUUAGUGGGGCUAGAUCAGGGGUUGAGCCAAUGAAGAACGGUUCCAUUAACCACCAAGCUCAUUUCAGGCCUCUAAACGGAAUUAGAUCUGGUCAUCAUUAUCAAAUACAGAGUAGAAUGCAAGAACCUGAGCCGAAACGCCCAGUUUCAUUGCUAGACUUAACAGUUGCAAUGGAACUCAACCCUCAGCAGCUUGGCGAAGAUUGGCCGAUACUGUUAGAAAAGAUUUGUACACAUGCUUUUGAGGAAUAAAACGUUGCAGUUUUUUUUUUUGCCCUUAACUCCAAUCUUUUAGUUGCUCUGUUGUAUGAUUAGCACGUCUUGCUGAAUAUUCUUGUAUGUUCUUUGUAAUCUAGUGAAUGAGAUGGUAUAGACCAGUUUUGCAGAA